GGCAAUCAUGAUGGAUUUCUCUGUGCAGCCCAAGCAGGCUGUGCUGGCUUCACUUACUGUGGUCCCCCUGCCCAGGGCCUUACUGAUUUAGACUGAGCCCGGCACACAGUAGGUGUUCAGUACUUGUCAAAGUUAUUUCACUCCACAAUGAACCAGAUGGGGGUGAGCUGGAAUGGGCCAGAGUUCACCAGCCACCUGCCUUGACCAGAGUUAGAGAACUCCCCUUGAGCUGUGCCUGCCACCCAUGAUGACUGCCUCAAGCAGGCACUCGAUGGAUGUUAGUUAAUCAUUUUGACUAGGACCAGAAAAAGGUUUUUCUCAGCAGGAUCACUCAAAGCCCAGAAAGAAGCCGCGGGGCGUUGGUGGCGCACGCCUUUAAUCCCAGCACUUCGGAGGCAGAGGCAGGCAGAUCAUCUGUGAGUUCGAGGCCAGCCUGGUCUACAGAGCGAGUUCCAGGACAGCCUCCAAAGCUACACAGAGAAACCCUGUCUCGGAAAACCAAACCAAACCAAAAAAACCCAAAAAUUCAGAAAGAAACUGGACACCAGAUGGUGUAGCAGGCCUUUAAUCCCAGGACUCCUGGAGGCUGUGCGGUCAAGGCCAGCCUGAACUACAGAGUGACUUCCUGGACAGCCAGGGCCAAGUAGAAAGACCUUGUCUCAAAACACGAGCAAAUGAAACAAAAAACCCCCGGAAAAUAGAACAUCGGCCCUCCCGGGGAUAAGGGCGGGGCCGGGUUAAGUCGUGGCUGGGGCGUGCCAGUAGGGACUGGAUUCUCGGUAGCGCUUCCUUCGCAGGAGGAGGAAGCAGGGCCGAAGUGGAGCAGGCUGUUGAGUCGCCUGUCGCCUAGAGGGGGAGACCGAAGCCCAGGAAACGCCGCCGGUAGAGUCCUGGAAGCCGCGGCGUGUGCCGGGGGGGCCCCCUAGGACCCCGAGCUCAUCUUCGCACCGACGCGGAGGGCGGCUGGUCGGCCUGGGAGCGUAAGCUCCCCAUUGCCACUAUGGUCAACAUUAACGAGCUCCCGGAGAACAUUCUACUGGAGCUGUUCACGCACGUCCCCGCCCGCCAGCUGCUGCGUAACUGCCGGCUGGUCUGCAGCCACUGGCGAGACCUCAUUGAUGUGGUGACUCUGUGGAAACGCAAGAGCCUGCAAGAGGGCUUCAUCACCGAGGACUGGGACCAGCCGGUGGAAGACUGGAAGAUCUUCUACUUCCUGCGCAGCCUGCAGAGGAACCUCCUCCGGAACCCGUGUGCCGAAGAGGACAUGAAGUCAUGGCAGAUAGACUCCAACGAGGGGGACGAGUGGAAGGUGGAGAGUCUCCCUGGGGACCAUGGCACCAACUUUCCUGACCCCAGGGUCAAGAAGUAUUUUGUCACCUCUUAUGGCAUGUGCCUCAAGUCCCAGAUGAUAGACCUUAAGGCUGAGGGCUAUUGGGAGGAGCUGAUGGACACCUUCCGGCCUGACAUCGUGGUUAAGGACUGGUUCGCCCCCAGAGCUGACUGUGGCUGCAUCUAUCACCUCCGGGUACAGCUGGCCUCAGCCGACUACAUUGUCCUGGCCUCCUUUGAGCCUCCACCUGUGACCAUGGAACAGUGGAGUGACACCACAUGGAAGGAGGUCUCCUACACCUUCUCUGACUACCCUCCAGGAGUCCGCCACAUCCUUUUUCAGCAUGGAGGCCAGGACACCCAGUUCUGGAAAGGCUGGUAUGGGCCCCGUGUCACCAACAGCAGCAUCAUUAUCAGCCACAGACCAGCCAAGAACCCCGCCCCUGCCAGACCUCUGCCGGAAGACACUGCAGUAAUAGGAGGGAAACACUCAGCCUCAGCUCCACAUGCCCUCUUGGACUUUUUCUGACAGUCAUCUGCCCCCCUCUGUUGGGGUCCGCUUGCAAAUCGAAGCCUGGCAAAAGCUUAGUGGACAGUCCUAUGAGCACCUGCCCUCCAACCGCCAGCAAACCCAUCAAUUCAGUGGUGAUCUUACAGUCACACGGCUUUGACAUUUUGUUGUAAUAAACAUUUUCAGUAAA